GCCGGUCUCAUUAAAAUAUCUCAUGGUGUUGAUUUGUGGAAGUUACUCAACAUGGAGGUGGCACUGCUCAGCUACUGUACUGCAGUCUAGGGGUGUGAUGCUCCUGGCUCGGAUUGAACGUAUGGAAAGGCGGAUGCAGCUGGUAAAGAAGGAUAACGAGAAGGAAAGGCACAAGCUGUUUCAGGGCUAUGAAACUGAAGAGAGAGAGGAAACGGAGCUAUCCGAGAAAAUUAAACUGGAGUGCCAGCCGGAGCUUUCCGAGACGUCCCAGACUCUGCCUCCCAAGCCUUUCUCCUGUGGGCGGAGUGGAAAGGGACACAAAAGGAAAUCCCCAUUUGGAAGUACAGAAAGAAAGAUUCCUGUUAAAAAGCUGGCUCCUGAAUUUUCAAAAGUCAAAACAAAAACUCCUAAGCACUCUCCUGUUAAAGAGGAACCCUGUGGUUCCUUAUCUGAAACUGUUUGUAAACGUGAAUUGAGGAGCCAGGAAACUCCAGAAAAGCCCCGGUCUUCAGUGGACACCCCGCCAAGACUCUCGACUCCCCAGAAGGGACCCAGCACCCAUCCCAAGGAGAAAGCCUUCUCAAGUGAGAUAGAAGAUUUGCCGUACCUUUCCACCACAGAAAUGUAUUUGUGUCGUUGGCACCAGCCUCCCCCAUCACCGUUACCAUUACGGGAAUCCUCUCCAAAGAAGGAGGAGACUGUAGCAAGGUGUCUGAUGCCAUCAAGUGUUGCAGGAGAAACUUCAGUCUUGGCUGUUCCUUCUUGGAGGGACCACUCAGUAGAGCCUCUAAGGGACCCAAAUCCUUCAGACCUUUUGGAGAACCUGGAUGACAGUGUGUUUUCGAAGCGGCAUGCAAAACUGGAGCUGGAUGAGAAGAGAAGGAAAAGAUGGGAUAUUCAGAGGAUCAGGGAACAAAGAAUUUUACAGCGACUGCAGCUCAGAAUGUAUAAAAAGAAAGGAAUUCAGGAAUCUGAGCCCGAGGUUACCUCAUUUUUCCCUGAGCCAGAUGAUGUUGAAAGUUUGAUGAUUACCCCCUUCUUGCCUGUUGUAGCAUUUGGACGACCAUUACCAAAACUAACUCCACAGAAUUUUGAGCUGCCCUGGUUGGAUGAGCGUAGCCGAUGCAGGUUGGAGAUCCAGAAGAAGCAAACACCUCAUCGGACAUGUAGGAAAUAGCUGUGCUGGCAAGAACCUUCUGUCUUCAGAUAGUUGUAGCAUGCCAUUCCCAGAGAGUGGCAGAGACCUGUAUAUGUGACCGAUGUCCUCAUGUAUGUUAUCAUUCGCUGGUAAUGCCCUUCCAUACUCCCCUGAUCUUGGUUUUGUUUUCAUCACUCUGAUUUCACAAAUACUCUUUCACUGGGCUAAUUGUGAAUUAUGGAGGGUGAUUGGGAUUUCUUUUCCCUUUUUGGGGAAAUGAACUCUCAAGCUAAAUCUAUAGGAUGGCAGAUUUGGAAGCUUCAGGGGUCUGCUUCUCUACAUUUGCCUAUGUUAAAAGGGUGAAAGGGCUCUCUUCAUUAGACUUUUGGAAGAUGAAGCAACCCCUGCCUUUAGAGCUGUGCCUGCAUGGCACUCUUCUUGCCCUGGUAUACCCUUCCUUAUAGUGUGAGUAUAGUGGUUUUUACCCCAAAACAAAACAAAACAAAACAAAACAAAAAACCUCACCAUGAGCUUAAGGACCAGAUGAGGAAUAACAAGUGACAUGAUGAAGCAAGUCAUCUUCACAGGGUAGAAAAGAGAUUGGAGAGUUAGUAGAUAAAUAUCUGAAAAGACAGUGCUCUUAAAACUAUUCUGUGAUAUAGCCAUGUGGGAAGGGAUGUUUGGCUGUGAUUAUUUUCUUAGUUAAUGGGUAACUGAAUUUCUUCCCCCACCCCUCUCAAAGAAUAAAAUCUUCUGAAAAGAGAAUGAGGAUGGUAAGUUUGGGACCAGUGAUGGCUCUAAACAAAAGCCGUUGGUGUUUGGGGAUGGCAUGCCAGAUCCUGUAUAGAUGUCUUUGUGUCACAUCACUUCUCCAGUAUUCCUUAGUUGGGUUUUAUCCUUUUAGCUGAGCUCUUGGUGGUGGGAUAGAGAUUUAGGGAGGGUGGGGGUGUGUGUGGAAAUAUGUGCUUCCUUUGGCUGGCAAAUGUCUACAUCUUGAAACAAACAGAUGUACCUAAUGAGCUUCUCCGUUCAUUUUGUAAAAAUAGAUUUGUAUGUGUACCAUCUUAGUUCCCCCCUCCCACCCCCCCACCCCCCACCCCCCCAUUUUGUUAAAAGAAUUUCAGGACAGCACUCCAGGCCACUUUGGUCUCAGUGUAAGAUCCCUGUAACUAUCUGGAAGGAAAAUAGAGCCAAGACCUCUGGUCUUAAAUAUAUAGGAAUUGCCUUUCUUUAGUCUUCAGGACUAUUGUAUGAAAACAAGUAGGGGUCUAAUCUCCUAGAAGGUAGGGGCUUUUAUCCUUGAAGAGAAUAUGUCCCCAGAUUAUUAGCACUUUUAGAGGAGAAGCCAAGGUAUGUGUAGGGUGUGUGGCCGGCCCAUCAGUGGAGCAUGAGAGAAUGGGAUACCAUUGUGGGAAGGGAAGAAAAAAGUUCCUCAGGGGCCUCCCACUGCUAAAGCUUUUUGUGAGAUGUUGAUCUGUGCUCCCUGAGUUUGACUUUUAAAGGAAUCACUCCGGCAGCACAUGUAGUAUUCUUGGAUGAUCUUGCUGCUCUUAUUUCUCCUUUGUGUGUGUGUGUGUGGCUGUGGGUUUUCAUUUGUAACUCCAUCUGCUUAGGAGAGUGGGCUCUCCACAAGGGAACCUGCUGUGGACUUCAUUGCAGCAAGAAUGUAGAGAGAAAUAGGACUUAUUCCACUAGGGGCUCUCAUCUCACACCUUAAGGAGAGGAAGGAGAUUUCUAGAAAAACUGGGCCAGAUUUUCUUUGUUCUCCAUCAUUUUAAUAUGGCAAGCUGUUUGGCUUUCCUACUCUGACCUAUGUUAUGUUCCUUUAUAAUGUGCCCAAGAAGAAAAAGACCAGUCAGUGUGUCUUUUAUUCCUUGAUUCCUCUCAGUUUCUUCUUGAUUUUCAGCAUUUGUCAGACUCCUAAUUUGGAUAUGCAUUAGCAAAUUUAGCCUUUAUGUUUGUGCCUAUCCAGCAGACUCCCCAGAUUUUGAACUUGAGUUAGAUUAAGAGGAAUCCAUGGGUGCUAUCUGGCCAGACUUAAGUGGAUUCUAUUUCCUUGGUUCUCCCUCUCCCUAGGACCUCUUAUUUUAUUGUCCCCUCUUCUAGAUCAAUUCUCCUUUGAUUUGGAUAUGUGGAAGUUUUGUUGAGAAGGAGGUUGGAGAGUAGAUUAGCAAAGUUCCAAGAGCAAAAUCACAGUGUGUUGAAGUGUGGGGGGAAAAUUAGUCUUAUUUUUUCCCUACAUGGGAUACAACACUGUGAAAUUCAAUCUUCAACUGAAGGACCUGCAAUUCUCCUAAAACACAGUUCUUUGUUUCUUUCCUUAACAAAGUUUAAGCUAGUGUUAAUAAAUUAAAAAGAGAAAUUGCUUGUCUGUCCACUUCAGCUUUGUUUUAUGCCCAUUUCAUAUUGUUGUCUGUGUUGUAAUUCAUACUUUUGAUACCAUUUCUGAUGUGUAAAAUUGGUUGUCUUGUAAAUAUCUUAUAAAGAGUUCAAUUGUAAAUAAACUAU